CAGUCUCCUUUGCGUCUGAAUACUGGGAACCUCUGCCGGGGUCCAGGAGCCCCCACGACAGCGGCCAAAAGAGACCUACUAUAUUCUCUGCUGGCCUGAGAAUACACAUCUCCACUUUGGUUCAAUCUUCUGUCUCUAUGUUUAUGGGACAAUGAACCAGAAGACCACCCUCGUGCUCCUCGCUCUGGCUGUCAUCACCAUCUUUGCCUUGGUGUGUGUUUUACUAGCUGGCAGGGGAGGAGAUGGAGGUGAACCCGGCCAGCCUCCCCACUGCCCCUCCGGAGCUCCGGGUGCCCAGCCCUGGACACACCCUGGCCAGAGCCAGCUGUUUGCAGACCUGAGCCGAGAAGAGCUGACGGCUGUGAUGAACUUUCUGACCCAGAAGCUGGGGCCAGGCCUGGUGGAUGCCGCCCAGGCCCGACCCGCAGACAACUGCAUCUUCUCAGUGGAGCUGCAGCUGCCCCCCAAGGCGGCAGCCCUGGCCCACCUGGACAGGGGGAGUCCCCCGCCUGCCCGGGAGGCCCUGGCCAUCAUCUUCUUUGGCGGACAACCCCAGCCCAAUGUGACCGAGCUGGUGGUGGGGCCGCUGCCCCAGCCCUCCUACGUGCGGGAUGUGACUGUGGAGCGUCACGGAGGCCCCCUGCCCUACCACCGACGCCCCGUGCUCAUGCGAGAGUACCUGGACAUCGACCAGAUGAUCUUCCGCAGGGAGCUGCCCCAGGCUGCUGGUCUCCUCCACCACUGCUGCUUCUAUAGCAGCCAAGGUCAGAACCUGGUGACCAUGACUUCAGCCCCCCGUGGUGUGCAGUCAGGGGACCUGGCUACCUGGUUUGGCCUCUACUACAACAUCUCAGGGGCCGGGUUUUACCUGCACCCGGUGGGGUUGGAACUGCUGGUAGACCACAAGGCUCUGGACCCUGCCCUCUGGACCAUCCAGAAGGUCUUCUUUCAAGGCCGCUACUAUGAGAGCCUGGCCCAUCUGGAGGAGCAGUUUGAGGCCGGCCUGGUGAACGUGGUGGUGAUCCCAGACAAUGGCACAGAUGCGUCCUGGUCCCUGAAGUCCCGGGUGCCCCCAGGUCCAGCUCCUCCUCUGCAGUUCUAUCCGCAGGGCCCCCGCUUCAGUGUCCAGGGGAGUCGCGUGGCCUCCUCGUUGUGGACUUUUUCCUUUGGCCUCGGAGCUUUCAGUGGCCCAAGGAUCUUUGACAUCCGCUUCCAGGGAGAACGACUAGCUUAUGAGAUCAGCGUCCAGGAGGCCUUGGCUGUCUAUGGUGGAAAUUCCCCAGCAGCAAUCAUGACGCGCUAUAUGGAUGGCAGCUUUGGCAUGGGCAAGUAUUCCACCCCGCUGACCCGUGGGGUGGACUGUCCCUAUCUGGCCACCUAUGUGGACUGGCCCUUCCUUCUGGAGUCUCGUCCCAGGACACUACACGAUGCCAUUUGUGUGUUCGAACAGAACCAGGGCCUCCCUGUGAGGCGACACCACUCAGAUAUUCGCUCCCACUACUUUGGGGGCCUUGCAGAGACAGUGCUGGUCAUCAGAUCUGUGUCCACCAUGCUCAACUAUGACUACGUGUGGGACAUGAUCUUCCACCCCAAUGGAGCCAUUGAAGUCAAAUUACACACCACAGGCUACAUCAGCUCAGCCUUUCUCUUCGGUGCUGCCCGAAAAUAUGGAAACCAGGUUGGGGAGCACAUCCUGGGCACCGUCCAUACCCACAGUGCCCAUUUCAAGGUGGAUCUGGAUGUGGGAGGACUGGAGAACUGGGUCUGGGCCGAGGACACAACAUUCGUCCCCACGGCGGUACCCUGGAGCCCUGAGCGCCAGAUACAGAAGCUGCAGUUGACCCGGAAGGUGCUGGAGACGGAGGAGCAGGCCGCCUUCCCCGUGGGAGGUGCGGCCCCUCGCUACCUGUACCUGGCCAGCAACCAGAGCAACAAGUGGGGGCACCCGCGGGGCUACCGCAUCCAGAUAGUCAGCUUUUCUGGGGAGCCGCUGCCCCAGAGCAGCUCCAUGGCAGGAGCUUUCAGCUGGGAGAGGUACCAGCUGGCCGUGACCCAGCGGAAGGAGACAGAGCCCAGGAGCACCAGCAUCUUCAAUCAGAAUGACCCCUGGGCCCCCACUGUGGACUUUGCUGCCUUCAUCAACAAUGAGACCAUAGCUGGAGAGGACUUGGUGGCCUGGGUGACAGCCGGUUUCCUGCACAUCCCACACGCAGAGGACAUCCCCAACACAGUGACGGUGGCGAACAGUGUGGGCUUCUUCCUCCGACCCUACAACUUCUUUGACCAGGACCCCUCCAUCAAUUCUGCUGACUCCAUCUACUUCCGGGAGGACCAGGAUCCUGGGGCCUGUGAUGUCAACCCUCUGGCUUGCCUCUCCGAGACUGCUGCCUGUGCCCCCAGUCUCCCUGCCUUCUCCCACGGGGGCUUCUUUCACAACUAGGGGGUCCCUGGGAUGGGGAAUGUGGCCGGGGCUGCAGGGCCAGGGGGUGUGGGGCCGGGGGGCGAAGGGCACUGGGCCGGGCAGCGUGUGCCCUGUUCUCCUUCCUCAGACCCCAAGGUCCUCUCUCUCCAUUGCCCUGCUUUGCCUCCCCCUCCUUGCUGGGAGCAUCCUGAGCCUGUGAUGCCUGACACAGGGCUACUCAGCUUUGUGGACCCCAGACCUGCCGGGUUCCUAUCGCAGAGAGGAGAGAAAUGGCCAGCCAGGAGCUUGGGUGAUGGUUGUCUUUCCAGAAGACUCCUGUUUGGGGUGUUCUUUGUUUUUUUGCUUUUUGUUUUCUGUUUUUCCUUUUGUUUUUGCUUUCUGGCUUUCCCAAAUCUUUUUAGGCCAUCCCAGGUCUCUCCUGAGACUCCCCAGUUCUUCCCUUGGGACGUGAGAAUGGGGGCUCUGCUAUGGAGAUAGCCCCCUAGAGGCCCCAGAGCAGGGAUCCUGCCAGGCUGAUGAAUCCACAAAUAAGGCGGGAAGGGGAUUUUAUUUUAUUUUAUUUUAUUUUAUUUUUGCUGUGCCCUGACAUGUGGGAGUUCCCGGGCUAGGGAUUGACCUCGUGCCACGGCAGAGACCCAAGCCACUGGGCCACACGCGAACUCUCCGGAAGGGGCCCUUUGGCCCAAGUUUCCUCUCAUCCUAGUUCUCCUUCUUGCCCAGCCUCCUACUGUUCCUGCCAGUUCUUAUUCCUGGGAUUUCCCUUCCAGCCCCGAGGGACUGUUCCUCUGCCCGGAAGCUUUCCUAGCCCCCCUGUCUCAGCUCUGAUCUCCUCUCCUGACUCUAGCCUGUGGAAGUCUGAAAAUGCAAGGUACCUCUGGUUUGAGAGGACAGUCCUUGUCUGGCUCCCUGUGCCUGGGCACUGCCCCAACCCCAGUCCUGGGGCCCGGUGCGCACAGUCCUUUCUGCCCAUGCGUAUAGGCCUGCCUUGCAUUCUCUACCAAAGGAUGGCCAUAGAGACAUCAGCAGCUCAAGUUAGCACGUUAGGUGGAUUUGUAUGUGCAGUGGUAAUGAGGAAUGGUCAUUUUGUGCCAGGUCUGGGUGUGACCAGUGCCCCCUGUCCUCUGCAGCACCCAACAUGGGGGAGCCUGGGCACCAAGCCUGAGAAGCAGGAAGACCCAGGCACUGCAGCCCCAGGGCCACGGGCUGUCCAAUCAGGUGUGGGCAUGCAAAUGAGCAGGGGCCCUCUGUGGGAGGAGCCUCUCCCCUAGGUUGUCCCUAGUCAUGGUGGGAAGUGGGUGUUCUGAGUUGGGGUUUGUAUGCAAACAGCAAGAGAUGGGAAACUGCAGAGCUGUCCUUCCCUAGAGGAUCAGUUAAAUAACUUCUGAUAUAGCCUUACGAAACAAUACUAUGAAGCUAUAAGCCUAAUUGCAUCUCUUUAUAGGGAAUAAUCUUCCAAAGAAAAAGGCAAGGCACAGAAAUGUGUAUAGGGCUCUUCCAUUUGUGCUUUCAAGGGAGGAUAUUAUAAAUACGUAUUUUCUUAUCUUAUAGAUGCAUAUGAAACGGGUAACACUGGUUGCCUCUGGAGGGGAACCAGGAGGUGGGCACAGGGGAGGGAGGAGAUCUACUACUACAUACCCUUUUGUACAGUUUGAAUUUUGACCCAUGUGACUAAUAUUACCUAUUCUUGUAUUGUUAUUCAAAUAAAAAAUAGGCCCAAACAAGA